AUGGAUUCUUCCUUGCAUGAGGUCUGGCAAGCUGCUGCUGGCAGUCCCUUUCUUCCCACAAUUGGCAAGGAAAGCCAGUUCACCGUCGGAUUCUUGCUGCUCCUCAUUGGAGUCGCAUUGACAGGUUACUUUGCGCUGAACCGGUCACUACUUAACGUCCCGCUCCUGGGUGUCCCUGCCUCAGCAGCUAUUGCGGUUGGAACGGUAAUCGGCAUAAACCUCUGCGCACUCCCCAGGGUUCUAUAUAAGAUGGCGACUGAAAAUCCACCCAUCUUCCGGGCUGUUGCAACGUCCACGCGGCCUUUGUACCAACUUCUCCGCUGCAUCGACUUUGCCCCAAGAGUGCACGUUCAAAUCACUGAGCAGGGUAUACGUUUUACGGCGGACCUCUCACGUGUGAUGCAAGGUGUUUCCUUUCUUGGUUCCGAUCUCUUUUAUUCUUAUACUGUCAAUCUACCGAGGGAUGAGGGUGAAGAAUCUCCUGCGCCUGUAAACUUUCAAAUCCCACUCGGCUCUCUCCUGGAAGUUGUCCAGAUUUUCGGCGCUGUGGACGUGGCGACACGAGCACAGAAGGCAGACCAAGACUCUUAUCGAAGCAAUUUCCGCAAUUAUCGCCCUGAUGCUUUCAGUAACCAUGCUCUUGGCCUGGCUGGAACAUGCACUUUUCUUUACACGGAGGAGGGGGAUUCGUUCAAGAUAACCAUUGAGGAAUCGGGCGUCAAGACCACAGCUGCACUUACAACAUACGUCCCUGAGAUCCCUGAUGAGAUCCCCUUUGACCGCGACGACAUGAGCUUCAAGAUUAUAAUGCAGGCACGCUCCCUCCUUGACUCUUUGUCGGAGAUCACGCCGACCAGCCCUAGCAGAUUGACUAUCACGGCUUCUAGGGGAUCACCGUAUUUAUCCUUGGCAGGUGUUGGGGAUCUUGGCAGCUCGGCCGUCGACUUUGCACGCGGGAGGGAUCUGAUGGAGACCUUCAGCAUCCAGGAGCGAUUUUCUCAGAGUUACAAGUUCGAUUUCAUAAAACACUCCACGGAAGGGAUGCGUAUUGCAAGCAAGGUCAGCCUCCGCGGGGACCGACAGGGCGUUCUCAAUCUACAGCUCAUGGUAAUUACAGAGGGGGACAAGCACAGUUUCUUGGACUUUCGGUUUGUGCCAUUCAUCCAGAAUGACGGGGAUGAGGACGGCGGAGGAGAAGAUGAGGAAUUGUAA